GGAUGCUGGUGAAGCUUUUGCUGGUCUGCAGUACAGCAGGACUGGCAAAGCUGGCGGAACACGCAGCCCAUCAUGGACAUCGUGAUGGCUCCGUGCACAGCUUAAAGCCACGAGUCUAUGAGACCUCUGCACACCCCCAGAGAACUCCUCUGCCACGCCAAGAAGGUUACUGGGAGGCAGAAGGGCUCAGGGAGGAUACUCAAGGUUACCCUUCAAGUGUGAUCUCCUCACAUCAGGAAGAGAGAGGGGAUUUGGAAGCUGAGAGCCCACAGCCCCGAAAUGGGAACUGGUGUUCUUUCACACAGUCCCGACUGGUCACAUACAUAGAAGCCUGCAUGAAGGAGAAGUACAUUGUGAACUCCCAGCAGCCCUGCACAAACGGAGUCCCAGACUGCCAGAAGAUCAUGUACAGGACAGCUCUGAAGCCAGUCUACCAAGUGAAACAGAAGGUUUUGAAAUCUUUGCAGUGGAAAUGCUGCCCUGGAUUUAUUGGCAAGGACUGUGAACACCAUGAUCCUAAUUUUAUUCUGGUGCCAGGAACUGAAACUGAAGGACAAGAAGAGUUCUCAAACCACAUGUCAACAUCAGUGGAUUCAAGAGAAAUGUUCGAAGUCAUUCAAAAUCAUGAGGCUUUACUGGAUGAUCUUCAAAGUGAUAUUCAUCAAGCAGCCAGCACCUUAGGUGACUUACAGAGACUAAUUGAAAACAACGGUACAAGCAUGAUGUUAGAAGUGAACCAGAGCAAUUCAGAUCAUCAGGAAAGGCUUCUGCAGCAAGUUUUGUUUCCUCAUGUGGAGAAUUUUAUAAGGAAACAUUUUAACCCAAUGUGGACAAGCUUCAACAGAAGCUUACAGAACCUCUACAGCAUUGUAAGAAAUCUGUCCCAUGAUGUGGAAGCCAACAAGAAAAGCAUAGAAAGAUUCCAAGAGAGUACAGUGCCCAAGAAGGAAUUCCAGGAGCUGGGAACUAAAUUUGAAUCAAAAGUCCAAGAAAACAUAGUGAGAGUUGAUCAGGCAAAAAGAGAUAUAGAGAACCAAGUGCAAAUGCAGCAUGCUAAUAUGCAUUAUAAUCUCAGCAUGAUCAAGGCAGAUACUGAUACAAAACUCAAGAAGCUUCAUAAGAUACAGCAGUCCCAUUUCUUAGCUUUGAACAACACCAUAGCAAACAUGAAACAAGAGCAAAACCUUCUUGAAAAUAAACUGGAGACUUUGAAAAAAAAUUUAACAGAACUCUCUUUACAUCACGGUCCCAAAGAUGAAAACAGCCAAUUAACCAUCAAACAUAUGAAUGACAUUCUGUCAGGACAUGCAAAGCAGCUUAAAGAACUUUACAUGGAGUCAGAUGUGGCCUUUCAGAACAUUGCAGUUUUAGAAAGGUGGUUUAAGGAGUUAAAGAAAAACAUCUCAAAGUAUAGGCCAGAAGAUCUUACAAUAACUUUAGCUGAGAAAUCAGUUAUUAUGGAAGAAAACAACGCAGCAAUGGAAAGGCAGAUAUCAGAGCUCAACUACACCCUCUCAAACCUUCAGGAAAACUAUUCUGAUCUGCUGCGGUACAUGGAGGAAUGCAAUUGCCAGAGAGUAUCUACUGACACUGAUGUACUGGAGGAAGAUCCAAGGAACAGCACUUAUUCCCUUGAAGGUACUCAGUCAAAGGAUAUUAAGCACUUGGAGUCAGUUUUCAGAGAUUUCUUCAGGAGUGAAAUUGAAGAGCUCUCCUCAGCUAUUCCGUCCAUCCAUCUGUCUCUUAACCUCCGUCAAGAAGAGAACAGACAGCUCCAGUCACAGGUUGUGGCUUUUUCAGAAGACAUAGUCUUGCUGAAGAAGAAAGACGAAGAAAUUCAUCGACACAUUAAGUAUCUCAACAGUUCUUUUAGCUCUCUCUUGAAAGAUGCAAUGCGGCAUGAAGAAGCACUGGAGGCUUUACUGAGACAUGAAUUUCUGGAUGUCUUUUUUGAAGAUGAUUUUAGUAGCCUAAUACCAUCAGUAUUUCAGCUGCAAGAAUCUCUCAGACACUUCUCAGAUAAACUGCAAGAACAAAACAUGACUUUAGAAUCUCUCGCAAAGAGAUUUCAUCCCUUGGAGAGACGCCACCAAAAUAAUCCUGAUGCUCACAUGCCUCCUAAGCAGCCCAAGGAGGAAACACAAACCUCCUCUACUCUACAUGAAGUCAGCAGUCAACGCAGCAUCAUAGAACACAUGGAACCUAACUACGAGGCUGCCAAAGAUGACUCCUUGGAUAGCUCAGCAUAUAAUGAUAUCGUGACUCUGAAGAAUGAUAUCAAACACCUGAGCCUGGCAAUCAAGAGGCAUGAAUCCAGAGGUGAUGUGAUUCUCUGCUGCAACCACACAAUAACAAAUGCAAUUGAGCCACUCAAUGUUUCUGUAGAAACUCUCUCUGCAGAUUUAGCAACCAUCAAGCGGAAUCUGGAGGAACAUCUGGUAACUUUUAAAAAGCUAUUUGGAAGUAAUGAAGAAUUAGGUGCCUCAAAUAUAAGUGUGAAUGUUACACAGAUCCAGUCAAUGCUGAACAAAAAAGGGAGAAGGCAACAGAGAGGUCAAGACAAGCAAAGAGACAAGAAAAAGCCUGAGAAGCACAGAGAAAAUACACAAAUGAUAAGUGGAAGAAAUACACUGCAGACAGAACUUGUGGAAAAAGACUCAUUGGUGGCAUUCCAUGUGGGAUUCUCCGAGAGAAAGGAUAAAGAAAAAACAGUGAGGUUUAAUGAAACCUACCUCAAUUAUGGAAACGGCUAUUUCUCUGAACAUGGCCACUUUAAAGCACCACACAAAGGCAUCUACCUGUUUGUCAUCUCUGUGGAGUUCAGCUCAGGACCAGCACUGGGACAACUCUCCUUCAGCCGUGGGUACAAAAGAACUCUCUCCAGCAGCCAGAAGAAAACCCCACAUGGGAACACUGUGACUUCUUUUGCUAUGGCAGAAAUGGAGAAGGGGGAGACAGUGUGCUUUGAACUGCUGCAUGGCUCUGUAGUGAAACGAAGUCCACCUGGGACAACUAUGGGUGGAUUCCUAAUAUCUAAAACUUGA